AUGACCUACUCCAGACCAUCCAGCGAUGAGCACGCCAGCAGCUUCCCUGUCGGAUCCAGGGUGACGUACACGUGCGUGGAAGGCACCAUCAAAAUCCCCGGGAGGUCGGACACGGUGGAGUGCCUGCCUGGCGCGCGCUGGUCCAAGCUGCCCGAGCCCUGCGGCCGGAGCUGUGCUGCCCCGACCAGGUUGCGGUUUGCUGCCCUGUCCGAGGCGGACGAGAGGAUGAACUUCUUUCCUGUUGGGACCAACGUGAGCUACGUCUGCCGCCCUGGCUACGAGAACACCUCGGAAAGUUCCCCCACCAGCACGUGCCUUGAAAACCUGGCGUGGUCGGAAGCUGCUGAGCUGUGCAGGCAGGAGGCCGAUCCUGGCUCCUGCCAGCUCUGCUGUGGCAUGUGUGGAGUAAAACACUUUGGGAAAUCCUGCGGCGAGCCCGGAGCGCUGCCCGGGGGCAGGACGGUCCCUCUCACGGACCUGCGGUUCAGUGCAAGAGUGAACGUGUUCUGCGAGGACGGCAACGGAAAGCACGAUGGCGAAGGUGUAGAAGAACAUGUGUAUAACUCCACAGUGACUUACAGCUGUGACUCUGGCUUCCAGCUCGUUGGAAACGUGAGCAUCCGUUGUACGA